CAUGGUGGCGAUCAACAUAAACACUGCAAGGCGGACGAAUUCUGUUGAUUUAUUACUUUUCUGCAUAAAUAAUUCACUUUCUACACUAUCUUCCAAUUGCUUUGAGCGUAAUUUAACUUAAUCCAAACAUGCCAUACAAAUUCAUCGGUCGGUCAACUUAUUAUUCUGGCAAAACGCUCUGGGAAAUCGUUGGCAAUUUGAAAGACUUUGGGGUCGGCCGAAUUAUUGCUAGGGGCAGAUUUGAGCGGUAUCCUGAAAGAAGUUGGCUGAAAAUAUUAGAAGUUCAACCAGUGGCUGCACCCAAAGAUGUCCCUCUCUACGCCUACGAUAAACCCCGAUUCGUCAGUGUAAGAUGUGAGAAAUAUUGGAGAGGGAAGAAAUUGUCAGAUGUCUUCAUGAAUGGAUCAACAUACAAAGCAGAUUUCAAGUUGAUUCCAAAAUCAGAGGAAGCUGAAUACUGCAAAGUGAUAGAAACAUCAGAAAAAAGGGAUCCUCGACCAGCAACUGCUGAUUUCCCUCCUUUGUUCAGAGAAUUAUUGAAACGGGAAAAAGGAACGCUUUCCCACUUGACUCUGCAAUAUAAACGGACCGAGUACAAUCGAAUGGUGGAUCCUUCUGGCCAUGAAGUAUCUAAACCUGACAAAAGCAACGCCCAAUUUGGAAAGCCAGUCGCCACUAGAUUUUAUGAAAGUGUUUUGGAGUAAAUGUGAGUGACGAUGGGCUGUUGUGUUUGGUGCUGCGAGAUUAGAAGGGUUGUCUUGUGAUCUGGCGGAUCCAGUCGAGGUAGUGGGCAACCUUCACGUAGACUCCUGGUA